CUGACGCCCGGCAGCGCAGUGGGCGGUGCCGGGGGCGGGCGCCGCCGCGUCGGGAGUCGUGGGCCGUGCGGCGGUGAGUGUGCGCUUUUACCCGGCCUGACCGCGCUGCUCGCCGGGAUGAGUUACGACCGCGCCAUCACCGUCUUCUCGCCCGACGGCCACCUCUUCCAAGUGGAGUACGCACAGGAGGCCGUGAAGAAGGGCUCGACCGCGGUCGGCGUCCGAGGCAAAGACAUCGUGGUCCUGGGCGUGGAGAAGAAGUCGGUGGCCAAACUGCAGGACGAGAGGACGGUGCGGAAGAUCUGUGCCCUGGACGACAACGUCUGCAUGGCCUUCGCGGGCCUCACUGCCGACGCCAGGAUCGUCAUCAACAGGGCCCGGGUGGAGUGCCAGAGCCACCGGCUGACGGUGGAGGACCCGGUCACCGUGGAGUACAUCACCCGCUACAUCGCCAGCCUGAAGCAGCGCUACACCCAGAGCAACGGGCGCAGGCCGUUCGGCAUCUCGGCGCUCAUCGUGGGCUUCGACUUCGACGGCACCCCCAGGCUGUACCAGACCGACCCGUCGGGCACCUACCACGCCUGGAAGGCCAACGCGAUCGGCCGGGGAGCCAAGUCCGUGCGCGAGUUCCUAGAGAAGAAUUACACCGACGAGGCCAUCGAGACCGACGGGCUGACCAUCAAGCUGGUCAUCAAGGCCCUCCUGGAAGUGGUGCAGUCCGGGGGCAAGAACAUCGAGCUGGCCGUCAUGCGGCGUGACCAGCCACUCAAGAUUUUGAAUCCUGAAGAAAUUGAGAAGUAUGUUGCUGAAAUUGAGAAAGAGAAGGAAGAAAACGAGAAGAAGAAGCAGAAGAAAGCGUCGUGAUG